CAGUAAUCAAUUGACGAGUCCUUCAGAACUCUUCUUCUUCCUCCUCGGUUGCGGAAAUCCCCAAAAAACGUUAAAUUGAAAUUUAAAGAAACGAAAGACGAGAUUUUAUCAGUAGAUCUAGUCAUCUAGAAAUGGAUUCCAGAGAUCUAAGAACCAGUUUCGCCAUCGAUCUCUAUUUUGUUCUUUACAGAUAGUGUCUUCUCUUUCUGUAUUUCCGUCUGCUGUAAGGCUCAGAUCUUUGUUUUGUCUUCAAUGGCGAAUUUAAGCCGAGAAAGAUCUGGAUUCUUGUCUUGGCUUGUAAUUGUCACGUUUCUUUCGAGGACUUUUGUUUCGGCGAGACCAGACAAGGAAAUCAGAGAAAGGUUUUAUGGUAAUUUUUCCAUGGAUGCGUCGCCUCCUGAUUCCGAUGACGGGAGUAUUGCGAAGAUAUUCGAUCGUGUGCUGGAGAAGGAAUUCUCGGAGAAUGAUCAACCUGAAGGACCCAAUACCAGCAGCUUCAACAGCACGGUAGCAGAUCAACAAGCUGUAUUGGAAACUGUGGCAAAAAUUACUCAUGAAAAGUCCAGGAAAAAUGAUACACAAGAGGCAAAUGGCACUAGAUCAUUCCAGCUUCAAGAUGUCUUUUCUCUGGAAAAUGAAGGAUCUGAUGAUAUGACAACCUUGAUAGACAGAAAGGAUAAUGUAUUUGUUAUGUCCAACAGGAAAUCGAAGUAUCCAAUUCUUCAAGUAGAUCUAAGAUUAAUAUCGGAUUUGGUGGUUGUAAUUGUUUCUUCUACAAUUGGUGGGAUUACCUUUUCCUGUUUGGGCCAACCGGUUAUUGUUGGUUAUCUUCUUGCUGGUUCUAUUAUUGGACCUGGUGGUUUGCGUUUCAUCAGUGAAAUGGUACAGGUUGAGACUUUUGCACAGUUUGGUGUUGUCUUUCUUCUUUUUGCUUUGGGCCUUGAGUUUUCUUUGGCAAAGUUAAAAGUUGUUGGGCCUGUUGCUAUUCUUGGAGGGGUGCUUCAAAUUAUUAUCCUUAUGUGUUUAUGUGGCAUAACUGCUGUGUUAUGUGGUGCAAAGUGGUCAGAAGGCAUAUUUGUUGGUUCCUUUUUAUCAAUGUCAUCAACUGCAGUGGUUGUAAAGUUUUUAGUGGAAAGAAAUAGUAGUAGUGCUCUUCAUGGUCAAGUCACAAUUGGGACACUUAUUUUUCAGGACUGUGCUGUUGGCUUAUUAUUUGCUCUGCUGCCGGUUUUGGGUGGAAAUGGUGGUCUUCUACAAGGAAUAAUUUCAAUGUCAAAACUAUUGCUGGUUCUGUCAAUAUUCCUUACUGCUGCAACUGUUUUGUCUUGGUCAUUUGUUCCACGCUUCUUGAAACUGAUGAUACGGUUGUCUUCUCAAACAAAUGAACUUUAUCAGCUUGCUGCAGUGGCAUUCUGUUUAUUAUCUGCUUGGUGCAGUGAUAAGCUUGGCCUAAGUCUUGAAUUGGGAUCAUUUGUUGCUGGAGUUAUGAUAUCUACAACUGACUUUGCACAGCAUACAUUAGAUCAGGUGGAACCAAUCCGUAACCUUUUUGCAGCUCUGUUUCUUUCUAGUAUUGGAAUGCUCAUACAUGUACAAUUCUUAUGGAGCCAUGUGGAUAUACUGCUUGCAUCUGUCAUUCUAGUUGUUGUUGUUAAGACAGCUGUAGUUGCCAUGGUGACCAAGGCCUUCGGAUAUAGUCUCAGGACAUCAUUCCAUGUUGGUGUUCUACUUGCUCAAAUUGGAGAGUUUGCAUUUGUUCUAUUAAGCCGUGCCUCCAAUCUCCAUCUUAUUGAGGGGAAAAUGUAUCUUCUUCUUCUAGGAACAACAGCUCUCAGUCUGGUAACAACUCCUGUUAUGUUCAAAUUGAUGCCUGCUGUGAUGCACCUGGGUGUUCUCUUGCACUGGUUUCCUUCAGAGAGCAGCACACAAAAUGAGGAGAGAGCUAACCUGAUUGAAGCACAUAACAGACUACUAUAAUUUUCCACGUAAUGCUGAUGUGUGUGCUUGCACCUAAAGCAACCAGUAUAACAUGUAAAAAUACAUCUGACUUCUAAGCUUUAGGGCUUGCGCCGGGACCCAGAUUGGAAGUCUUAAAUGAUAAUUCAGAAGAUUUAAUUGCACAGAGGAGCUCGGCUUAUUAGAAGUUCCUUGUAAAAUUUCACUGUAUCGCAUAUUCUUUUUCCCUGAUGUUGUAAAUAUAAAAAUAAUAACAAACGAUUAGUUGAUCGUUUAACUGUUGAGGAAUUUCGUCAAUGACCCUGGGAAUGACCCACACUAUACAUACAAACGUGAUGUGAGAACUGAGAAAUAAUUGUCUUUUCACUUUUGUCCUUGCGAGCAUAUAGAACAAAAAAAUGAUAAAUAAUUGUCCCUC